AUUUACAACAAUAAUGAGAUAAUUUAUAUCAAAAAAUCCAGCUACAAAAUAGGUAUUAGGGGAAUUCAAGUUUCUAAAUGAUUAAGAAUUAAAUCAUGUGAUACAAUAAUCAAAAGAGGGAUAUCAAAUCAAUAAGAACAGUUCAUUUUAAAUAAAAUCAGAGAAGCUAUUGAAGUAGAAAUGAUAUAUUUAAGUAGGUUGGCAGAUUUAUUGAAUUAGAAUUAAGAAAAAUAUGCUAAAUUGAUAUCUUAUGAAAUAGGAAAACCUAUAUCAUAAUCAAUGGCUGAGGUGAAGAAAUCUCAAAAUUAUUGUAAAUAUUAUGCUGAGAAUAUAAAUAAAUAUUUAUAACCUCAGAGAGUGAAAACAGAAGCAAAGAAUAGUUAUGUACAAUAUUCACCUAUAGGUACAAUUUACUCAAUAUCACCUUUUAAUUUUCCAUUUUGGUUAUGUAACAAAAGAAUUUAGUUUUAGGUUUUAAGCCAAUAAUUCCAAUGCUAGCAGUUGGUAAUGCAGUAAUUCAUAGACCAUCUGAUUCUACAGGUCUAUGUGGAUUAGCUCUAUAGGAACUAUUUACAUCAGCAGGAUUCGAUGGCAACAUUUUUUAGAAUGCAUUUACGACUGCUUAAUAACUAGAUUAAGUGAUGGCACAUCCUUAGAUAUAAGGUGUAUCAUUUACAGGUUCCACAGCUGCAGGUUCAAUAUUAGGAGCUACUGCUGGUAAGUAUCUGAAGAGAAGUGUAUUGGAAUUGGGAGGAUCUGAUCCAUUUUGUGUAUUAUAAAAUGCAAAUGUUGAAUUGGCAGUUUAAUUGGCUCUUAAAUCAAGAGUUGCAAAUUGCGGAUAGGUUUGUUUUUCAGCAAAAAGAUUCAUAGUUCAUUUUCAAUAUUAUGAUAUUUUUAAGGAGAAAUUAGUGAAUGCUUUAGAGAAAUUGAAAAUCGGUGAUCCUUUAUUAGAGACCACUGAAUUAGGACCAAUGGCUAGAGAGGAUUUAAUAACAAAUAUUUUGAAUUAGAUAAAGAAGGGAGUGGAUGAAGGAGCUAAGAUAGUAUAUGGAGGGAAGAGAUUAAAGGAGAAUGAAAACUUUAUGUUGCCAACGGUAGUAGAGGUGGAUGAGUAAAAUGUGUUGGCAAAAGAGGAGACAUUUGGACCAUUAUUUAGUCUAAUCAAAGCUAAUAGUAAUGAUGAGAUAUUAAAGAUUGCGAAUAACACACCAUAUGGAUUAGGUGCAGUAGUUGUUAGUAAUGAUAAGAAAGAGAUUGAGUAAUUUGUGAAUCAUCUAGAAGCAGGGAUGGUGUUUGUGAAUGAAAUAGUCAAAUCAGAUUAAAGAUUACCAUCUGGAGGUAUCAAAGGAUCUGGAUAUGGAAGAGAAUGCGGAGAAUGGGGAGUCUAAAAUUUUGCUAAUAUUAAGACAGUUUGGAUCGAAUGAAAAAUAUU